AGGAUCUACUAAAACAUACCAUUUUGUACCAAGAAAUUUUUCAUCAAUUGGUGAAAUUUAAAUAUGUAAUUGUAACUUAUACUUUUCUACUUAACUUACUUUCUUAGUAUAUUAUAAUUAAUUUAUAACUAUAAUAAUUUUUGUAAUUUGUCUUGUAAUUUUAUAUUGUUACCUUGUAAUUGUUACUUUUUGGCUGAUGGCUUUCGCCAAAGUCACAAUAAACGAAAAAAAAAAAAAAACUCUUUGGGUACAAUAUAAAUAUACUAUUAUGGAGCUAUAGAUAUCCGCGUUUUUUACAUUUGCAAUUUUUGUAAUAUUUUAUAUAAAUAAAUUAAUCUAUGUGAAAAAUAGAUUUCUUAAGUAAAAAAAAAGAAGGAAAAAGUUAUUUUAAUUUUAUUUGCAUUUUCACAAAUCUUAAUGAAUAAUGUAACAUAUCGUUCAAUCGAUCAUUUAGAUUUAAUAUCGUAAAUUUAUUUUUAUAAACAAUAAUUUUAGUUUUUCUUUAAGUUUGUACGUCGUAGAUUAAUACUAUCAUGUCGCACGAUUCGGAGGAUGAAGCGGAAAUUUUGGAAAAUGUAUCUGAACUCAAGGAUGAACUUGAGAAUGACUUGAAGGAACUAUAUACAUUCAGAGAUUUGUUUUUUGAGAAUCAUCCUAUUGAGAUGGCUUCAAAGAAAAAUCAAUGUGUUGAAGAGAAGAAAAAUGUAUUGAUUGAAAAAUUUGAGGUUAUUGAUGUUGAUACCCAAGUACCUACUGCUCUUCGUGCCCAUUUUCUUUAUCUAAAGGGCCGAUUAUACAAUAUAAGCCCAACAUAUGAUUCUCGAGCAACACAGUGUCUCAGUAAGGCAGUGAAAUUGAAUCCUCACUUGGUGGAUGCAUGGAAUGAACUUGGAGAAAGUUACUGGAAAAAUAUGAAUGUCAAGGAGGCUAAAGCUAGCUUUGAAGGUGCACUGAAACAUGAACGAAAUCGCUUUUCUCUCCGCUGUCUAUCAAUAAUACUCCGCCAAGAAAGUGGGGAUAAAAAACGUGGGGAAGCCACUCCAGCUAUUCUCAAGAGUGUUGAAUUAGCUAAAGAGGCAGUAGCGCAGGAUAUUAAAGAUGGUGUAUCAUGGGCAGUAUUAGGAAAUGCAUAUUUAUGUCAAUUCUUUGUGGUAGCACAGGACCCAGCUACGUUAAAGUCAUGCAUGAGUGCAUACAAGCAAGCCUGCUUAGAUCCUAUUGCUAAGGGUCAGCCAGAUUUGUAUUACAAUAAGGGAAUUGCUUUAAAGUAUGAAGAGUAUUAUUCGGAGGCUUUGGAGAAUUUCGAGUACGCAUGCCAGCUGGACCCACCAUGGGAGACGCCACGAGUAGAGUUGACGCGUCUGACGCAGUACCUGAACAGUGCCAAUGAACUAGUUCGAACUAAAGGGAAGAUUAAGACAAAGAAAUUGACACAGAUGGUGCAGUCAAUAGACGAUACAUCGAUUGGGCCAGCGCGGGUGCAAUUAUCGCAACUUCUGCCCGGACACAACGUCGGCACCGCUCUGGGGGUCGUCGUCGGCUCCAUACACAACGACAACGCCGUGCCCUUCACAUUCGCAAUAGUGGACGAGAGUAUGGAGUGUGUCUGCGUGACGGUGUACAACUGGGCGGACGGCCGUGGCGCUAUCAUUGGGGAUAUUGUUUCUAUACCGGAGCCUCAACUGCGGGAGCACAAGUUCGACUCCCCGUUAGCGACAUACAACUUCAAAUCGAUCCGCGUCAAUAAUCCGAUGUCAAUGUUGGUGAACGGCAAGCGUGUGGGACGCAACCAGUUCGCGUGCACCAAAGUGACGAGCACGUACGAGAUACAGUGACCCAGGUAUACCAUGGAGGUCAUUAGGAACCAAUGACCGUGCCGGUCGCUAUGAUCGGCCUUUUAUAACAUGGUGACGUUUAACAAUAGCUCCUAAUUAACAUGAAUAAAAUUUUAUAGGAGACAGAAUAAUUCUUAAUUCUGAAUGUAUUUCAAAUAAAAUGAAAAUAAACAGUAAUCGAUUUUACGAUAAAUUUUCAACAUAUUGAAGUAAAAAUAUUUGUCUAUAUAAUAUAGAAACAAAAAUUAUGUAUGUUAGGAAAAAAUCUAUAUCCAUUUUAUAAAUGUUAGUUAGGAGAUAUUGGUGUUUACACGUUGAUGUGGUAUGACGUUUGGCGUUAAAUAUUUUUAAAUACAAGCCUUUAUAGUAUAUUCCGCCAUUUUGUGGUUGUGGCCAUUUUAUAAUGAUAUCCUGCAACUUAUUUUUCAAUCUCUUUCAUUUGAUACCUAUAUUAACGAGAUUAAAAAAAAAGCUAUCUGCCAUCUUGUGGCAGUUGCCUUGUUGAAAAUAUUAUAAUAUUAAACAUUAAAUUGUCAUCAAAAUUAAUGGAUAUGCAUUAUUUCAACAAAGUUACUUAGAAGGAACUGAUUCUAAUUGGGUUUGCAAAAUUUUAUCUAAACAAACUAACAUAUAUUGCAAGUUAAAUAUAACCUCGUAAUAAAAAAAAAAAGGAUAAGUGAAAUAAUAUCUUAUGGGCUGAAAUAUAUGCUACUUCCGCACUGAGUAUGUAUAAGACAGGAACUAAAAUGUGUUAUUUUUUCAUUGAACGCGCGAUACUGCGCGGUUUUCAAUGCUCUACUAUAAUCUAUUUGCUUAUCAAUUAUCUCAAUUCUAAAAAAAAGUCUAAAAAGAAAUGCUCUUGUUUCCCGUGACAUCUCAAUUUUGAUUUACGUAAAUAAAAAAAAAUACACAUAAAAUUGCUUCCUACAAAUACAUUCUCAAUAUUGAAGCUAAAUUCUACUGAUAUUAUAAAUGUGAAAGUUUGUAAAGGUGUUUGUAUGUUUGCAUGUUUGUAUGUUUACAUGUUUGUAUGUUUACAUGUUUGUAUGUUUAAAUGUUUGUAUGUUUAGAUGUUUGUGUGAUUUAUAAGAGACGGGAAUUAACGCAAUCAUAACCCUUUUAUUAUAAACCAUAAUGCAAUGCGAAAGUCUAAAAGAUAAUAUACAUAUUUGUGUGUUUGUAUGUUAAUGAUGGCCAUAAUUAUACUGGAUGAACACAUAACAAUUAAGGGCAUAAACCAUACAGCGUGAUAAUCGAAAAGUUAAUAUACAUGUUUGUAUGUUUAAGUGUUUGGAUGUUUGUAUGUUUAUUAUGGCCAUAAUUAUACUGGAUUAACACAUAAGUCACUUUCUAUUAUUAUAAUUCAUGCGGACAUAAUGCAAUGUGAUAGUAAAAAAAUACAUGUUUGUAUGUUUAAGUGUUUGGAUGUUUGUAUGUUUAUGAUGGUUUGUAUGAUUAUACUGGAUUAACACAUAGGUCAUUUUCUAUUACUAUAAUUCACGUGGGCAUAAAUAAUGCAACAUGAUAGUAAAAAAAAAAAUACAUGUUUGUAUGUUUAAAUGUUUGGAUAUUUGUAUGUUUAUGAAUGACUAUAAUUAUACUGGAUUAAUAUAUAAGGCACUUCUUAUUAUAAUUAACGCGGGUAGUGUCGCAGGAAACACUAGUUUUCAAUAUUGAAGUCGGGCUUCCUUUGUUGAUGUGAUGACCCCAAUCGCAUUUCGUCAUGCUGGUUUUUUUUUUUAAAGUAUAAAAAUUAACCUAUGUUUUUCAGGCUAUUUCUGUUACUCAGUUAUGAUGGAUUAAUAAUACAAUGUCCCAAAUGAUAUCAAAUUAUUGAUAAAAAAGAAAUUAAUAUCAGUACGUAGGAAAGGUUGUGAUAAUAUUUCGUAUAGAUCCCAAUAGAGGGCGGUAGAGCAGAUCUCAUUACAAAUUAUUUUAAACAAGGCAUUUUCUUCCAUGUUUGUCUUUAGAGUUUUGUUCAUUAAUAGUUGCAUAUUUUUAUAUUGUUAGUAAUUAUAGUAUUAUUUAGUAACUAGUGAUUGCAAUUAAUUACUUACUAUUAAUUGGGCUCGAAUACUCGUAGUAAUUAUGAUUUAAUAAUAAUAAUGUUUAUUUAUUUCUGACAACUUUUUGAGUACAAUGAACAAUUUAUAAUAAUACCAUAGAUACAUUAAAGUUGCAGAGAACUGGUGCCUGAACUGGGUAUCCGAAGAACCUGUAUCACAAGGCACCAAUUUAGUUAGCACAAAAGGCAUUUAGUUAUAGUUUUUACAAGUUAUCUAUGUAAUACGAGUAAUUAUACAAAAAAAUACAAUUGCUAAAAUGUCAUUAUGAUAAAUAACAGUACUAAAUAAACAUUUAACAUGGCCAGUGACUAUACAGGGUGUAAGUGACAGUAUGGCAAGAAUUGGAAACAGUGAAUUCAGUAAGAUUCUCGAAAAUUUCAAACAUUACCCUGUUUUUUUUUUUUUUUCAUUUAAAAUCAUGUAAUCUAUGAUAUUAUUAUAGUGAAAUACUAUGAAAUAUCAAAAAACAGUAAUGUAACACACGUAUUAAAAUCCUAAUACGCGUGUAUCCUAGCUAUAAGUGUACGAAAACUACCUACGAAAAAGUGAUAUUGACAGCGUGAUACCUACAUAUCACGAAUCGUGUGGAUACUAAAAUUUCAAAUACAUUGCACGGCAUCAAAACUAAAAAUCGUUAUUUAUAUGGCUGUGUUGCAUUUUUGGCGGGAAACUAAUCUGCCAUCUGAUUCAGACCAUUCAUCUGAAUCAGCUGUUUUCUUUUUGGCCAACCUGUCCUUUCCACCCCAUUUAAUAUUUUACUUACAUGCUUUAUCAUUCUUUAACAAACUACAUUGAUUAUUUUCAAAGUGACCGUUAUGCAGGGUAAAUUAUACAUAUAUAUAUACACAAAUGGCCAAAUUUAAAACUAUAAGAUAUAUAUAUAUAUAUAUAAAUACAAAAAUCACUCCAAAGGAGUCUUAGGCCGAUUUUGACAAAAUGGCAUGAUUAUAUUUUAGAAAAAAAAAAAAUAUUUUGUAAGUCAUUAAUAGAACCCAAUUUUUUUUUUAAUAUAAUAUAUCUAUAAGAUAUUGAAAAAGUAAAUGUGAUAAACUAACAUGUCAACACGCAAGCAAAAUUAAUGAAUUGUUUGUUCUACAAUUUGAAAUGGUAUACAGGUAAUGAUUAUGAAAGGAAACCCUUGCGAUAAGUGUAUGUAUAAAUUAUUACUGUAACGAAUAAUAAAUCUAAGGGGUCCAUUAAUCAUGUGAUGUUUUUUUAGUAACUUUUUAACCCCUUCUCCCCUGGUGAUAAAUGGUGAUGUUAUAGAUCAAACCCCCGUUUUAUCUAAAAUCACGUGUAUUUUUUUGGUGUCAAGUCUUAAAAUUUUUUAGAAUAUUUUAUCUUUAAAUACAGGUGUAAUGUAAUUGUGGCAAAGUUUUAAAAUGUUCAGACAGGAAUUAAGGUUGAACAGCGAGUCGAGGUCACUCGCCACUUUUCGAUUUAGACAUCGUGCGUUCACCGAAAAAAUAAAUACACGUAGUAUCUCAAUAAUCUCUCCUCUCCCUUGUGACUCUAUUCGUGAAAAAUUACGAAUUUAGAAUUCUGGUAUAUUAUCCUUUACGAGCCUCACGUGGUUAAUGCACGACCCCUAAGGGGGUUAAAAAUUGUAUAUUUAACCUAAAUUAUAUAUACAUCAAGAAUGAUUGAAAGAAUGUUAGAAUCUUACCCUCCAAUAUCUUUAUUUUGCAUUGAUAAUUUUUAAUAAAACUCCUUUGAAUUAUUUCUCGAAUGGUUCUAUCUUGCGAAUGAAUGACAUUAGACAUAAAAUCUUGUACAUUACUGCUCUCUUAGACAUGUGACCAACGAAUCGAUCGAUAGAUAUGUUAUCGGUACCGCAGGCAUGUUAUAUAACGAGCAACAACAUCCGGUGUAUUAGAAAGAAUGAGAUGUAUACGACGUACGCUGACGAGUAGAAAAGGUAAGUAUCUACUAAUAAAUUCGUUUGCCACCUGUCUAAGUUUGUUUAGUAAUUCUGGUCGAGUGAAGAGUAAUUCGUUAAGUAUCUGAAUCAAUUGAAGAUAUGUGCCUUUAUCGUCGCCAUACUUACUAGAACUCAUUCCUAAUUCUAUCUACCUUACUUUGACAUCACCUAUUGCUUGCUCGUAUCAAAUAGCGAGGAUCUUUCAGAUAGAAAUAACUACCCACAAUUACAAAAAGAGUUCCAAUAUGAACAUGUUUUUCGCCUUAAGGAUUCUUCUUUAGAAUUACUCGUCACUCUAUUACUAAAGCAGUGAGACCUAUAGAAUAUAUGGCCUUAGAAAGGUGUCUUAACGAAUUUCCGACAUAUUCGUUAAGCACCUAACACACUGUGAAGGUGCUAUAUUUGAUUUUGAAUUAAGAAUAUUAUUGCAUCUUAAGGUAUCACACACGGCUGAGUUACGUUAAUAUAUGAAAUCUUUUCAGUAUCUAUCGCGUGUACUUUUGUAUUUGACUUUUAUAUCUUACAAUGAUGUGUUACGACAUUAGUGUCUUACGAUAUAUUUGCCUUAUUGGUAUAUUAAGAUACGAUUGAAAUGUAAGAUGAAAUUAUGUAUCCAACGGUCAAUUUAAAGGGAACGAUAUUCUAAAAUAUUAUAGUAUCUUCACCGUGUGUAACGUGCUUUAAGGUGCCUAUUAUAAGGCUGUAUAGAUAUUUUUAUUACUGUUUCUAUCAAUUGGUCUAUAUUUGACGAUGGAUACUACUAAAGGCUGAAUUUGAAUUUUUAUAGAAAAUUUGAUAUCUUCACUCAGGGAUCAUGUUUGAUUUACAAGGAAACGUAGUUUUAUUUUAAAAAUAUAUAAAAAAUAUAUAAAUGUAAACCUAUGUAUGUAUGUAUGUGUACCUACGUCUCGUCUUUAAUUUGUGUUAAAAUAAACUGUUCAUAUAUGUUAUAAUUAUAUUGGUGUUGUCAACUAUAUGUACUAGUAUAUUAUAAACAGUCAUUACAAAUAAUGGAACAUUAAUUUUUAAUUCAGUCAGCUGUUGAAUAAAUUGUGAUUUUCAAACCAG